CAGUCAUAGUCUGGGAACUGGUAGGUAGCCCCUCAAUCGAACAUCCACUGUUGCCCCGAACGGUUUGUUAACGGAAUUUCAAACAGAGACUGAACCAAAAAUUUCAAAAAAAUAAAAAAUAGAAUUCUAGAAUCAAGAAGAAUUCUUCUGUGUGUGAUUGUGUUGAAUAAAAAUAAAAAGAAAAAGUAUAUAAUAAUAAAAGAAAGCACGAAAAGUAUCCAAUCAAUCACAAAAGAUACAGAUAUAAUACGAAAAAGUGCUGACUGUGCUAUCCGGAAACUGAAACUAUUUAGUGUCAACAUAGUAAUUACAGGGCAUAAUUUUCUGAAAACCCAAAAAGAUCAGCAGAAAUCAAUAGCCCCCCGGUGACACAGAUCUUCCGAAAUUGGACAAAAAGCGAAUACCCCACCGGUUACAUAUAUUUUUAAAACGAUCGUUGGCCAGUGCACUGAGAUCUAUAUAGAACUGUAUAAUGAUGUCCAGAAGAGCCCUCCUAAUUGCCGGACUCCUACUGAUCGUGGGCAGCUCCACGGUUCUCUCCUACCCACAAUCCAGCAUCGAUGAUGAGAUGCAGAAUGACGAGGACUUUGAUUAUUCGAGUGACGACCAAAGUGCUCCCAGUCCACAGACCAAGGACUCGACCUCCACAUCCCUGCAGAAGAUCACCAAGACGGCGUCUGUGACUGGAAUUCGUGGCGAGGAGGUGAAGCUUCAGUGCGAUGUGGGAUCAGAAAUGCUUAGCGCGGAAAAUGUUGCUGUUCUUUGGUACUUCGGGGAGAACGUGAUUGCCAAUGGCCGGAAUGUGGUGCAGCCCAACUUUGAACUGGAUCCCAACUUCGAUUUGACCAUCUUGAAGGCCAGCUCCCAGGAUGCCGGCACCUAUCGCUGCGUGGUUCAUCCAUCCAAGUCCGAGGUCAUCACUAAGGUGGUCAUCGCCGAUCAUUCCCUGGAUGCCAUUGCACCGGAGAGCUCCACCUCGACGUCGAGCGCGAUGGCCUGCAGUCUGAUGGGCUGGACGGUCCUCGGAUCUGCCAUGCUGCUGUUGGGAGUCGGUCGUCAUUAGCUUAAGCCUAGGAUUAGUAUUACGCUGGCAGAGAUCUGUGCCCUCUUCAAAACACUCUCCACUCUUCUAUUCUCACAGGAAAAUGAGCAUUUUGUUGAUUGUAAAUUUUUGUAUUUUUAAAGACACAAAAUCAACUUUAUUUAUUAAAUAAAAAAAGGAACCAAAGUAUACAGAA